GUAACUGUUUGACAUCUUUGACAAAGGAGUGUUCCGUUCAUUACAAAAAUCGUGCUAUCUUUAACUAACGCAAAAGGUUGUUAAAUUAAAUCACUUUUCUAAGGUGUGUUAAUGACAACGACUAUGACGAUGAAAUAAACAUUAGCGCAACGGAACAGAGUUACUAGAUUGUGUUGACAUAUUGCGAAGAAGUGGCAAAAGUAUUGAAAAAUUGCGAAAGACGCAGUCGCAAUGUUUUGUCCAAUCGUGUGUUUGUGAUAAAUUAAAUGUUAAGUUUAUAACAAUGUGAUGACUACGAUUCAAGAAAAGAGUCUACAAUGGUUGUUGGACAUAAAAAUGUCGAGGAUAUAAGAGAGAAAGUGUCGUGUGAAAUCCGAGAGUCGCCUUCAAUGAUGUGGAAGGGGACGAUUGUGCAAGCGAAGGCAGGCUGCGCGCGCGCCACCGCGGCCCUGGCGCUGGGGCUCGUCGUCUUUCUCGGCUCGUGGCGCGGCGGCGCCGGCGCGGACCUGGUCAUCGAGAUCCCGGGCUCGGGGCUGGCGGACGGCGCGGAGCCGCCGGCGGGCCGCUACCGGCUGGACUACCGGCCGGCGCAGGGCUCGCCGGCGCCCAACUACACCGUGCCCGCGCGCGCCUCCACCAUCAACUUCCAGGGCCUGCCCGGCACCAAGUACCACUUCAUGCUCUACUACUCCAACGCCACCUUCGCGGACCUGCUCACCUGGAACCAGACCAUCAUCACUGCGCCGGAGCCGCCCACGAACCUGACGGUGACGCUCGGCCGCAACAAGCAGGCCACCAUCGCUUGGUCGCCGCCCGCGCACGGAGACUACACUGGCUUCCGCUUCAAGGUGAUCCCGCUGACGGAGCGGGUGGAGGGCGGCGCGCGCAACAUCACCGUGGAAGGCGCCGGCAACUGGACGCACACGCUGCGCGAGCUGUCGCCCGGCGCCACCUACCAGCUGCACGCCUUCACGCUGCUGCACGACAAGGAGAGCGCCGCCUACGCCUCGCGCAACUUCACCACCAGGCCCAACACGCCGGGCAAGUUCAUCGUGUGGUUCCGCAACGAGACCACGCUGCUGGUGCUGUGGCAGCCGCCCUACCCGCCCGGCGCCUACACACACUACAAGGUGUCCAUCGUGCCGCCGGACGCGCGCGACAGCGAGCAGUACGUGGAGAAGGAGGGCGAGCCGCCGGGGCCCGCGCAGGCCGCCUUCAAGGGGCUGGUGCCGGGCCGCGCCUACAACAUCAGCGUGCAGACCGUGUCCGAGCCCGAGAUCUCCGCGCCCACCACGGCGCAGUACCGCACCGUGCCGCUGCGGCCGCGCAACGUCACCGUGCCGCCCGCCGCGCGCUCCGAGACCGCCUUCCGCGUCGUCUGGCUGCCGCCGCUCGAGGAGAGGUCGGUGUCCGAGUGUGUCUCUCGCCGUGCCCUCGCGUCUCGUUCGGCUUCAGUCGGGACUGUUCCCACCUCUCGUUCCCACCGCUGCAACUCCUGUGUAGCCAGGAUCUACAGCUUGACCGCCACAAAAACCCAACCAAUGAAGGUCAAGUUUGUCCCGGGGGAAAUAUCAAAUUUACCUAGUAUAACCCAUCUCUACUUCGUGGAACGCGCGCUCAAGUGUGCCUCCCCCGCAGAGCCGCUGCCGGUGGUGGACGUGGGCUGGCGGCGCGUGGAGGGCGGCGAGGGCGUGCGGCUGUGGUGGGCGGCGGCGCCGGGCAGCGCGCAGGACGAGUUCCGCGUGUCCUACCACGAGGCCGGGCCCUCGCGCGACGACAGCUCCUCGCUGGCCGCGCCCGCCGCCAACGUCACGCUGGACGCGCUGCUGCCCGGCCGCAACUACACCAUCACCGUGGCGGCGGUGUCGCACGGCGUGGAGUCGAACGAGAGCUCGGUGAGCGUGACGACGCGGCCGCUGGCGCCCGUGGUGGUGUCGGCGGAGCCCGAGGACACGCGCCUGCGCCUCGCCUGGCGCUCCGACGUCAACUCGCGCCAGGACGCCUACCGCCUGCGCUGGGCCGCGCGCCCGCGCCCGCGCCCGCGCCCGCUCGCCGCCGCCGACUACCGCACGCUGGAGACCACGGAGACGAACGCGACGCUGGAGCAGCUGACGCCGGGCGCCGUGUACGAGGUGCAGGUGGCGGCCGUCAGCCACGGGCUGCGCAGCGAGUGGCACACGCUCCUCAAGCCCGUCCGCCCGCUGCCGCCCGCAUCGCUGCACGUGGAGCGCGCGUCGUCCAACGCGCUGCGGGCGCGUUGGGAGGGCCCGGCGGGCGGCGCGCUGGGCGCCUUCCUGCUGCAGUACCGCGCCGCCGACGCCGCCGCCUGGCAGGCGCUGGCGCCGCUGCCCGCCACCGCCGGCAGCGCCGAGCUGGCCGGGCUGGCGCCGGGCGAGGACUACGUGGUGCGCCUGGACACGCUCAGCGACGCCGCCGGCGACGACAGCGUGCCCAGCGGCCGCCCGCUCGAGACGCACCACGUCGUGCGCCCCAGCCCGGUGUCGAACGUGGCGCAGCUGGUGGACACGCGCAACAUGACGCUGGAGUGGCCGCGCCCGCAGGGCCGCGUGGAGCGCUACGAGCUGCGCUGGUGGCGCUCCGACGCCGCCCCCGGCGAGGACCGGGAGGAGGGCGCGCGCAACGUGUCGGCGGCGGGCGGGCAGCGCUCGGCGCGCGCGCUGGUGGACGGGCUGCGGCCGGGCCGCGCCUACACCGUCACCAUCGCCGCGCACUCGCACCGCCUCGCCUCCGACCUCUUCACCAUGGAGACGCGCACGCGUCCGUUGAUUCAAUCGGAAAUGACCAUCGUAACUGAAUCUGACGCGGGCGAGGGAGACGAAGAUAACACGCCUGCGGUUCUUAAAGUGACGUACACGCCGACGCCCGAGUCGGCGUCGCAGUUCGACUCGUACCGGUUCCGGCUGGACGGCGACGCGGGCGGGGGUGGGGCAGGCGGGGCGGGGGACACGCGCACGGUGGAGCGCGGGGCGGGCGCGGCGCCGCGGCAGGUGGUGUUCGCGGGGCUGGUGCCGGGCCGCCUCUACAACGUCACCAUGUGGACCGUCUCGCACAACGUCACCUCGCACCCCGUGCAGCGCCAGGCGCGCCUGUUCCCACGGCCGAUCCCGUGGCUGAACGCGACGUGGGUGUCAGCGCGCGCGGUGGGGCUGGCGUGGGGCGCGCCGGCCGGCGACGUGCGCGACUACGAGCUGCAGUACCUGGCCGCGCCGCACGCGCUGCGCACGCACCACACGCGCGCCGCCGCCUACAACGUCACCGGCCUGCGCCCGCACACGCACUACACCUUCACCGUCGUGGUGAGUGACGUCAGCGCCCGCGGCUAGCGACGCGACUACGAGCUGCAGUACCUGGCCGCGCCGCACGCGCUGCGCACGCACCACACGCGCGCCGCCGCCUACAACGUCACCGGCCUGCGCCCGCACACGCACUACACCU